UUCAGAUUGCGUAUUAUGGGAUGUGCUGAAUUAAAAAAAGCAGGGGAGGACGAGGGGGCCACAAAAAUCUGAAAUAAGAGGCGGGGAUCGCAGAACCAUGGAGCUCUCUGCCGUGGGCGAGAGCGUCUUUGCAGCGGAGUCGAUCCUAAAGCGCAGAAUCAGACGGGGUCGCUGGGAAUAUCUGGUCAAAUGGAAAGGCUGGUCUCUGAAGUACAGCACCUGGGAGCCCGAGGAGAACAUCCUGGACCAGCGGCUGAUCGCUGCCUUCGAGCAAAGAGAACGCGAACGAGAACAGUUCGGGCCAAAAAAGAGAGGACCCAAACCCGAGACCUUUCUGCUGAAGGCCAAAGUCAAAGAGCGGACGUAUGAAUUCAGAAAAGAGUCUGCGAAGGAAGUCCAGGAGCCGGUCAGAACUCCGCGGGCCCGUGAGGGUCUGCGCGCUGUGGUCCCCACCCUCUUCCCACCCAGCACAGUCAACCGAGGUGAAAGUGUUCACUACCCACCUCUGGAUACAGAAUUCAGGCCAAGAAAAGUGUCUGCCGCUGGAGCUGCCAAAAAGAGGGGGCGCAAACCAAAGGCGUAUCAAGGGGCCCAGGACGGCCGGACGGGGCUUCUCCUUAAGAAAAGGAGGUUGUCAGAUCCGUCUUUCAAACCAUCCAGUCGCAUUCCUGAUCUCAGAGAGACGCCAGAGCUUAUCCAACUGACCAGGAAGUUUCAGGAGAAGACCACUAUCAGUCCGAAAUCCAGCCAUGAGCACCGAUGCAAGGGGCCGUCGUACACCUGCACGUUCCCUCCAGGUGGCCAGGAGGGACUCAGAACUUUGGUGCAGACAUCUGCUGGGCGUCUGAAGGACUUCUCUUUUUCCCAAAGCAUUUCAUCACAGGAACUGGGCUCCUCCUGGAGGCCCAGAUGCAGCCAUCUGGGCGCCGUGACGGUGACUGACAUCACCUUUAACCUCCUGACUGUCACUUUUAAAGAGAACAGCACCGACAAAGGCUUCUUCAGAGAUACAAGAUGAAGGAAACUAUCCAGUGAUCAGGUCUGUUCCACUUGUCUUUGUAACACCACUUACAGAAUGCUGCUUAUUUACAGGAACACAUUUCAGAUGAACUUUUCAAACGGCCAGUUUUAAUACUGUAUGCUUAAAUCAAAGCCUCCUACUGAUGAUUCCUUUAUUGUGCCACUAUAUGUUGGAUCAAUAAAAAGGGAAAUCUGAA